GUAAAAGUAUAACGUCCCUGUCUCUGAAACUAAAAAAGCAGCACGCCUUGUGUGUGCAAACGUGAUUUUAGAAAUUACAUUAUUUUGUGUAAAAAGCAAUAAACAUUUAUUAAUCACAUGUGUCAAGCCAGCAGAGCAUUGUGCGCGUUAAUUUCUAGCAGUGUUUUAGCGAAUCCAAUAGUUUGCGAUUGCUAAAAGUGAGUUUGAAAAUUAUAUAGGCCACAGAGAUUCUUGGAUGCGUCCUACGCAGUUUUGAGCACGAAUUGUAUUUUCAUUUAAUAAAAUAAAAGGUAAGUUCCAAAAAGGUUAAGAGUGGUCUCACAUACACACACACGCCACGUAUAUAACUAUGUCCGAUGCGAUGAGCGCUCCGCCGCCCCUCAUACCCCAGCUGCAGGAGAUGCAGCAGCAACAACAACAACAACAGCAGCCAGCAGCACAGCAAUGGGGGAACAACUAUGCGUGGUGGCAGCAUCAAGGCAACAACAACAACAAUAAUGGCAACAACAAUAAUGCGGCCGCCUAUCAUCAGCAUUAUCAGCAAUACUAUCAAUACUAUAUGCGCUAUCAGCAACAACAACAGCAGCAGGUAACAUCAACCAUCAGUUCAUCGAAUGCGCCGCCAGGCUUCAGUAGUGCUGCAUUAGCGGCACCGCCGCCGCUUCCCUCGGCUCCACCACCGCCUCCCCCGCCACCUGCUCAGUCAGGUGGUAAUAAGAAUCAGCAGCAGCAGCAACAACAUCAACAGCAGCUGCAGCAGCAAAAGAAUUUUGGUGGCAUACGUUUCAAUUUGAAUUUGAAUCAGAAGCGUUUGGCAAAUGCGCCAAAUCCAUUGCAACAACAGCAGCAGCAACAACAACUUCAACAACAGCAGCAACAUCAACAACAAGCGAUGCAACAACUUAAUCUCUAUAACAAUAACAAUAAUAGCAAUGCAAAUAAAAAGAAGCGCAAGCGUAACAAUAAAAACAACAAUAACCAAAUGAACAAGCAACAGCAGCAAACUGGCUAUGAACAGUCGUCGAAUGUAGUUGGAUAUCCCGGCAUUCCCGUAAAUCCGUUUGCUGCACCGCCAGUGCCGCCGACUCCCGAUCUAAGCAAGCCACCGCCCCCCUUACCUAACUUAGCAACGGGACUUGCACCUUCAGUUGCGCAACAACAGCAGCAGCAGCAACCGUUGUCGUCUCCACCACAAAAGCAACCUCAGCAACAACAGCAGCAACAACAACAGCAACAAUCGCCGAAUGCUUUUAAGCGUCCCAAUAGUUGUUUUCAAAUGGCAUCUAAUGAUUCGUGGCCCGAUUCAUUAAAUCAAUAUGUUGCGCGAUGCUAUUCCAAGUGCACCACGGACUUGGACAAGGAUCAGAUCGAUAUUUGUCUAAAAGGUAAAAUAAUUGCUGCUGCCAAUCGCAAUGAGCUCUGGACUCGAGAUUGGGACAAUGAGCCUAUGCCAACGGUGCACAGUGAGCGCGAUGGCAUCGAUGUGGUGUUGAACAAUGCCACACCACCGCCGCCACAGCGCAGCAACUAUUUUAACAAGAAACAACAGCAGCAACAACAACAACAACAGCAGCAACAGCCGCAGUCGCAACAAAAUGCUCAGAAGCAAAGUCAAAAGUCGUCAACUGUCAAUCAAUUUAAGCAAAAACCGAACGCUUUUAACAAGUUUUCCAAUGGCAGCGGCUAUGGACAUCAACGUUAUUCUAGGAGCCGAUCGCGUUCGCCAACAUCAUCGACAUCGUCGUCUUCGAAAUACAACAACCGGAAGCAUUAUUCCCGUUCCCGCACACCACGUUCUCGUUCUCCCCGUUCCCGAUCGCGUUCUCGCUCUCGAUCGCGUAGCAGCGGCACAAAUAGUCCCCCGGCACGCAAGAUGCUGCGCAAGACCAGUUCGAAUGAUUCGCUGUGCAGUGAUUUUAUACCGAUUAAUUCGAAUUUGUCGCGUAAACAGCAGAAAAUGCUGAUGAAGCGCAAUAAGCGUGCAGCAGCACAAGCAGCCUCAACCUCCUCUGGUGGUGGUGGUGUUGGAAGCAAAAAGAAGGCGCCACAUUUCUAUGCGUCGUCGUCGAUUGGCGGCGCCGUUGAUGAUGACACAGCGCGCUUGCAACAGCGUGCGGCACGUUUCUCACAGUCGAGUGGCAGCUCGACUAAGAAAUCUGUCGUCGCAAUUGCAAGCUCACCGUUUGGUCUCACCACGGCCAAGCAUAAGAAAAAAUUGAUGGCAGCAGCGUCGCGUUCAUCGUCUUCGUCGUCAGCCAUGUUCUAUGAGGAUGCUGGUGGUGCAGGAUUAGAUUUACUUGAUUUGCAUAUUGUAGGCACAUGUAGGGAUUUAGAAAAGUCAUUUUUGCGGCUGACCAAAGCUCCUUCGCCGUCGGAGGUGCGUCCCGUUGAGGUCCUCACCCACUCGCUGGCCAAUGUAAAAGGCAAAUGGCGAACGAAUCAGGAUUAUCAUUAUGCGUGCGAUCAGUUGAAGUCCAUACGCCAAGAUCUAACAGUCCAAGGUAUACGAGAUAAGUUCACAGUGGAGGUUUAUGAGACGCAUGCACGCAUUGCAAUGGAGAAAGGUGAUCAUGAAGAGUUCAACCAGUGCCAGACGCAGCUAAAGAUGCUUUACUUGGAGCUGGGCAACAGCAGCAAUUCCCUCGAGUUUACCGCUUAUCGUAUCAUCUAUUACAUCUUCACAAAGAAUACCUUGGACAUCACAACUGUCUUGCGUUCCAUUACAACUGAUCAACGCGAGAAUCCUGCCAUAGCACAUGCCCUCAAAUUUCGUUCCGCCUGGUCACUUGGCAACUAUUGUAAAUUAUUUGAUUUGUAUAAGAAGGCGCCGCUCAUGUCGGGUCACAUGAUUGAAUGGUUCCUGGAGCGAGAGCGCAAAGCGGCCCUGCGCGUCAUUAUUAAAUCUUAUCGUCCCAACAUUAGCGUCGAGUAUGUAAGAAAUGUGUUGGCCUUUGAGAGCACUGAGAAGUGCAAAGAAUGGCUAGACACCUUCAAUUUACCUUAUGCCGCAGAUGGCGCCCAAAUAGACUGCAAAAAUGCAGCUGCUAUUGCCAUUUGAAGCCUCUUCACAUAAUGAGUCUGUUUUGGCGUUUUAAUACUUCUGCAAACCACACAAUCAUUAUGUGGCAUAGCAAGAGAGCAAAGUGACUGCUGCUCACAAAAGACAAUACACAACUAUACAAAAAACCUUCCCUCGAUUUCCGUUGCAACAACGAGCAGAGUUCAGCUCAACCGAGCAGGACGAGCUUCUGACGGUGUCGAUGCGGCUACCUCCUCUCUUUCUUUUUAGGCCCUUCUCUCAAACUCUGUAUAUAUAUUUUACUUAUUCGCGUGCCCCUGCGUAAAAAUUACAAAGUGCUUUCUUACUCUCAUGCCCCUGAAGACGAACAUUUUCUGAACUCUAUAUGCGUUCUGUCCCUUCUCUUAAAUGUACCUCAGUGCGGUUUCUCUCCUCGUAACUUACUACUCGCCCCUCUCGAAACACAUCGAUAGCUGACACACACAUAAUCAAGGAAUUGCAAUAACUCACCAGCAUUUUGGAAUAAUCAUCACAGUUCAUUUAAAAAUCAUCAAGUUGCUCACAUGGAUAAUCAAGUCUUGGCGGAAUCAAUACGGCGGUCGUCAUUUCUAUAGGUAACGGUGAAAACAGCGCUGGAAGUGCUCGGAGUUUUAAUGGAUUCGCAAGGCUGUGGAAUUCAGUAGCUGGAUCGUCAUAUAAAGCAAUCAAUAGCUUCAACGGAUUUAUCAGCAGACGCAACAGAUUAAACAACUAAAAAAACCUCAUCAAUGCAAUUUUCCGAUUGGAGUCGUUUUAUAAACAAUAUUGAGACUGUUCUGUUGGCUUAAGGUGCCGGAUGCGCCCAUUAAACAAUUUACCUAUGGCAUGGGAUGUUUGGAAGGCGCAACUCUAAGUUUCCCCCUUGGUCUUCAAGUGUUUUAGGUUCUUUAACUACGAAAAGUGCAAAGUUGAAAAUGUGGAACAUUAACUAUGAACUAAUUGAAAAAACUAAUAUGCAGUGAAGCAGAAUGAAAGUAGAAAACCAAAUAAUCCAACUAGAUUGUAUGAUACACACUCAACUAAACCUACAUCAAUUAAUCACAAUAAUAUUAACACCAUUAUAAAGCCAUCACAAAAAAUAACACAUAACACAAGCAAAAAGUGAAGACUUCAAGGUCUUAACAAUAGCCAACAUCUGGUUUUGUUUGUCCCUCCCUUAUGUUUUAUCAUAUUGCUUUUAAAAUAAUCUUAAGGUUUAGCAUUAAUGUUUGUUAUUUGUUUAAAUUAUACUAAUGUCUUGUCUCUCUAUUGUAUACCUGUACAUAUACAACAACACCAUCACCAACUUCAUCAUCAAUGUCAACAACAAUCGCAAUGCAACAUCGUGGGAAGAGCGUCAAAAUUGCACAAAUACUCAUCACGCUUGUUCGCUGGAGUCAAAAGUUUAUGACAGCAUCGUUGCCAACAUCAUAUCCAGAACAACUUCUCGGGACUUGUAAGCUCUUCCAAUUUUAAUCUACUGAAACAGUAAAACAAAAAAAGAAAAGAAUUGUAAAAUAUAUUUAUAAAUUAUUCAAUAUUUCAAAAAUGGAAAUAUUUAAACCUUAAAUAGCAAUUUGCUAUAUUAGUUAAGUGUGGAAAAGCGUAGGGCAUGUAUGGUAUUCUAAUUAUUUUAAAUUUAAGUUAAUAUUAAGCACAACUUUUUUGUUGUUCACUUAAGCUAAGGUUUAUUGUUGUAUUUUUUUUUAAUUUGAAUGUUGAAAAAAUAUUGAAAUCAAUUCAGAAUUUCAACGCAUUUUUCAGCUGCAAAUUAUUAGAAAUGCGUCCAUAGAACGCGAAAAAUGAAAUAAAAAUCGCGUUUUUUAAAUAAAAAACAUAUAUC